AUGGUUGGUUGGGAUACCAAACUCAACGAUGCUGUUGCCGGCAGCAUCGUUGGUAGAAGAUUUCGUCUUGAGGGUUCUGGUCAUGUAAAGUCGAGAGAGGGGUCAAGGUUUCUGACAGAAAUUCGUGCUGGAUUGGCGACAUUCUUCGCAAUGGCAUACAUUAUUUCUGUCAAUGCCACCAUUCUCACCGAUAGCGGUGGAACUUGCGUUUGUACCGAUGCGACUGAUCCUACUUGUGCCACCGACGUUGACUACAAUCUCUGUCUUGGAGUUAUCCGUCGGGAUUUCAUCACUGGAACUGCUGCCAUCUCUGCUCUAACGUCAUUCUGUAUGGGACUAUUCGCAAACAUGCCAAUUGCAUUGGCUCCAGGGAUGGGUCUGAAUGCUUACUUUACCUACACGGUUGUUGGAUUUCACGGGCUUGGGCCUGUUUCAUAUAGACUUGCCCUCACUGCGGUCUUUGUUGAAGGUUUUGUGUUUGUGGCAUUAUCGUUACUUGGAUUGAGACAAUGGCUAGCCAGAAUUAUCCCCGCUUCCAUCAAACUCGCUUCUGGAGUAGGAAUCGGUCUAUAUUUGACAAUUAUUGGUCUUGGAUACAGUGCAGGUCUCGGAGUCAUUACCGGGUCUCAAUCUACCCCCCUUGAGCUUGCAGGAUGUGUCGCUAGUGCUUUCGACGAAACCGGUGUUUGCCCUGGAUCAACUAAGAUGCGUUCGCCUACUAUGUGGAUUGGAAUAUUCUGCGGUGGUUUUGUGACUGCAAUUCUCAUGGCAUAUCGUGUCAAGGGUGCAAUCAUUGCUGGUAUUUUAUUGGUAGCGAUCACCUCCUGGCCAAGAAAUAGUUCAGUCACUUACUUCCCACACAACGAUCCUACCGGUGAUGCCAACUUUGACUUCUUCAAGAAAGUUGUUACGUUCCAUGGAAUUCAGGAGACACUUGUGGCACAAGACUGGAACGUAGCUGGCGUUACAGGCCAAUUUGGUCUUGCUUUCAUCACUUUCCUCUAUGUUGAUAUUUUGGAUUGCACGGGCACACUGUAUUCUAUGGCACGCUUUUCUGGAGCUAUUGAUGAAGAGACUCAAGAUUUUGAAGGUUCAGCUGUAGCAUAUCUUGUCGAUGCUUUCGGCAUUUCCAUCGGCUCACUUUUCGGGCUCUCACCGGUUACGGCAUUCAUUGAGUCCGGCGCUGGAAUUUCUGAGGGUGGUAAAACUGGUAUCACUGCUAUGGUCACAGGCCUUUGCUUCUUUAUUUCGAUCUUCUUCGCGCCUAUUUUUGCCUCCAUUCCACCAUGGGCUACAGGGUCCACUCUGAUCAUCGUCGGUGCCAUGAUGUGCAAAGCUGCUAAGGAUAUUAACUGGAAAUACUGGGGCGAUGCACUACCAGCUUUCAUCACAUUGGCUGUGAUGCCAUUCACAUAUUCCAUCGCGUACGGUUUGAUCGCCGGUAUUGUUUCUUACAUGAUUAUUAACACCACCACUUGGAUAGUGGAGAAGAUUUCCGGUGGUCGUAUUGUACCAUACGAUAAGGAGUUCAAGGAACCAUGGACAUACAAGAUCAAGGGUGGUAUUCUGCCAGCUUGGCUUGUAAGAGCUUCGAAGGGAAAGAAAGACUUUUGGCACGAUGAUCCACCAAUCAACACUUCAUCAGCGGGUUCUUUCUCGGCUGGGGAUUAUGCGGAUAAAUCACGUGUUGAACCUCAACCCGUAACUCGUGCCAUCGAUGAGUCGAAGGCUGGUGAGAAGUUGGCUUAA